AUGGUAAAAAUACUUGGUGAUUUGAUUCAAAUUUUCAAGAGCAGUGUGUCAGCAGUACUUCCUGAUAAAAUUAUUAAAAACUGUAUCAGUUAUGACUCCCUAACAGAAGCAGCAAUUAUAUGUGGACAAAAUUAUAACCUAAAAAAUAAAAAUUUAUAUAUAAUUGGAACUGGAAAGGCAGUUCAAUAUAUGGCACUUGAAGCAGAAGACAUAUUCAGCUCCAAAAUUCGAAAAGGAAUCAUAAGUAUUCCCAAAGGAAGUUUAAAUAAUAAAAAUGACAAACAAAAUGUUUUGUAUCUUGAAGGAGCUCAAAAUAAUUUGCCUGAUGAAAAUUCUGUAUCAACGGCUAACAAAAUAAAGGAUUUACUGAAGAAAUUAACAAAAGAUGACUUUUUAUUGGUGUUUAUAUCAGGUGGUGGAUCUGCUUUAUUGUCUUUGCCUAAAUAUCCAAUUACUUUAGAAGAAAAAACCACUUUAAUAAAAAAGUUGGCAAGUUCAGGGGCAGAUAUAAUAGAACUUAAUGUAGUGAGAACAACUAUAUCUGAUUUAAAGGGAGGCCAGCUGGCUCGGUAUGCAUUCCCUGCCCAAAUAGUAACAUUAAUAUUAUCUGAUGUUAUUGGUGAUCCCAUAGACAUAAUAGCAAGUGGACCUACAAGUAAUGUUAAAAAUAAUCCACUGGCUGCUAUUAAUAUUAUUAAAAAGUACAAAUUAUAUGAAGAAAUACCAAAAUCGAUACAAACUGUUUUAAAUAAUAAGGAAUAUAUAACAGAUUUUCCAACAGACCAUGUAAGAAAUGUAAUUAUUGGAUCAAACAAAAUUAGUAUUGCAGCAGCUAUUUCUGCAGCCAAAUCUUUUAAUUUCUAUCCUGUAGAAUUAUCUAGUAUAGUCACAGGCAAUGUCAGUCAUAUUGCCAAUGAGUAUGUUAAACUAGUAAAAUUAUUUUGUGAUUUUAGAACAGGUUACAUAGAUGUAAAUGAUUUGAAUUUGGAACUUAAAAAAUUAAAUAUACCAGGCUUGAAGAAUAAUUUUACAGAGAAAAAUAAUGAAGCAUUAUCAAUUAAAAAUAACAAUAUAUGUCUUAUACUUGCUGGAGAAACUACUGUUAAAAUAUGUGGUAAUGGAGUUGGUGGAAGGAAUCAACAACUGGCAUUGGAAUUCUCAAAAAAUAUAAAUUAUUUGAGAGAAAAACUACAGGAUCAUGAAAUUUAUUUCUUAAGUGCUGGAACUGAUGGCAUAGAUGGUCCGACUGACGCAGCUGGUGCCAUUGGCUAUUUAAAUUUAAUUUCAGAAUGUGAAGAAAACAAUAUAGAUCCUGAUGUUUACAUCAAUAAUAAUGACACAUAUAAUUUUUACAAAAACUUUAAAAAGGGUCAAUUCCAUGUAAUAACUGGACAUACAAACACAAAUGUAAUGGAUUUACAUUUAAUUAUAAUAAAAGAAAAGUUAAAAUAUUCAAUA